GAACACCCUAAACUUUGCCGGCGUUGCUCGGCAACUGGGGUCCUAGGUCAACUUUAAAGUUUGAAAUUAACGCCAAACUUCAAACGCGAAAGUUUACAGAAAGUUUCUACGAACAGGUCUGAUGUAAAAGUCAACAGUGUUGUUGUUGAUCGUUUUCUUUACUUGUUCAUCGAGAACUGUAAUCAACUUUGCUGGAAGAGGAACUUGUAACCAAGAUGGGUAUCGUGGACGUUCGCCAGCCUUUGGCCGACCAUGAAGGCCGUCCGCACCGCCUGGACCAGGGCCUGCAGAGCGGCGUCUGGCGCCAUGAUCUGAUGCAGGAGGUGGCGCCGGACCUCCCCGUCGUGCCCGGCCCGCUCUCCGAGUACAGGCAGCAGGCGUCCUUUGACUGGAAGCAGCUUCGCAUCGCCCUUGAGGACCCGGAGAUUCUGCGUAUCAAGAUGAACUUGUGGAGAAAGCUGGAAGCCGACCCCGUUUUUGCACACCCAAGAGUUACUCCCCCGAUGGAAGAACAAAAAAAGCGUGUUGCAGUUCAGUUGCGAAGAUUUCUGGAACUGAACAUUAUUCCUCAAGAGGUUCACAAUUAUUCAUACAAGGACAAGACUAAGUUUAUGAUGGCUAUAAAUGCAGCAACUUCAUCAUGGAACAAAAAUUUGUCUGUCAAAUUCGGAUUGGGUGUUUCGUUGUUUACUAAUGCCCUUUUAAGUCUUGGAACAGAGAGGCAUUUGCCUUUUUAUGAUGCAGUGUGGGAUAACAGGUUUUUAUUUGCUUUGGGUAUGACAGAGGUUGGUCAUGGUAGUAACACUAAACAAGUGCGUACUACUGCAACAUAUGACCCUCCAACUCAAAGUUUUAUAAUUCAUACACCUGAUUUUGAAGCUGCUAAAUGUUGGGCUGGGAACUUGGGUAAGACAUGCACCCAUAUAAUGCUGUUUGCUCAGUUAAUAACAGCAGAUGACACAUGCCAUGGACUUCAUGCAUUUCUUGUACCUAUACGAGACCCAGAAACACUCUCACCGUACCCGGGUAUAAGAGUUGGUGACAUUGGAGAAAAAAUUGGGCUGAAUGGAAUUGAUAAUGGGUUUGCUAUGUUUGAUAACUAUCGCAUCCCAAGAGAGAAUCUACUGAAUCGUACUGGUGAUGUAACAGCUGAGGGAGAGUAUGAAUCAUGCUUUCAAAACCCAGAGCAAAUUCUUGGUGCUGCUUUGGAAAAUUUGUUGGCUGGCAGAGUAGCAAUAUCUCAGGAGAGCACACAUGAUCUCUGCACGGCUGUAACAAUUUCUGUCCGAUACGCUGCAGUACGAAAACAAGGUGGUCCACGUAAUGCCAAAGAAGAGCUAUCAAUCUUGGAGUAUCCUCUUCAUCAAUGGCGUCUGUUCCCAUAUGUGGCAGCAGCAUGUGUAUUCAAAGUAUUUAUUGGCGACUUUACCGAUCAGUAUUUAGAUUUGGUGGAGCAAUCUUACAAAGGUGCUGAAAUGAAAGAUUUGACAUCUGUUGCUGCAGAAGUUCAUGCUAUGGUCUCUGCUACGAAACCUUUGAUAACCUGGACAUGUGCUUCGGCUCUUCAAGAAAGCCGCGAGGCCUGUGGAGGACAUGGUUAUCUUAAAGCAUCUCAGUUAGGUAUAAUGCGAGCUGACCAUGAUGCUACUGUAACAUACGAAGGAGACAACAAUGUUUUAUUACAGCAAACAAGUAAUUGGAUUGUGAGAAAUUGGCCUCAUGCUAUUCAAGGAAACACUUCAGCAAUACUCGAUGCAUCUCCUUUCGGAACAUUACAUUGUCUCAUUAAUGCUGAAGAAAAACUCAAGGAAGAAUUUACAGGAACAACCGUUGAUGAUGUGUUGAAUCCACAUUUUGUCAAAUCAUCAUACGAAUGGCUAGUGUGCUGGCUCACUCAGUCAUUAGAUAAUCAACUGCAGAAGCUGAAAAGCUCUGGCCUAGAUAGGUUUACUGCCCGUGCCCAAGUGCAUGCCUUCUAUGCAAAGCCUUUGGCUCUUGCCUAUGGAGAGAACAGUGCUUUGAGUUACUUCUGGGAAAAACUAAAAACCCCAGAACUUCCUUGUGAAAUCAGGAGUAUUCUAGAACGUCUAUAUGUACUCUAUGGUUUGUGGGGUAUUCAAAGAAACUUAGCGUUGUUUUACAAAGGGGGUUUUGCUUCUGGUUCUAAAAUGGCUGACCUCAUUCAAGAAGCCUGUCAAGCUGUUUGUGGUACACUGAAACCAGAAAUUGUUGCUGUAAUUGAUGCAAUUGCACACCCAGAUUCUGUUGUGAAAUCAAUUUUAGGUCGCUCUGAUGGAAAGAUUUAUGACCAUCUUUAUGAUGCGUACAUGUCUCAACAAGGAAACACAGGAAGGCCAACUUGGUGGCAUGAGGUAUCAGCUAAGACUCAGUCUAAACUAUGAGCGCAUCCAAAUUAAACUUUAAGCAAAAUCUUGGUUGUAAGUAGGCUAAGCUCAGGGUUCAAUUGUUUUAUAUAAUAUUAUACACGAUUUCAACAGUAUUUUUACUGUUUAAAGUCAUGAGAUUCGCCCCAACUGAAGAACCAGUAUUUUUGUAUUUUACAUUUGUUAACCAAAGUGAACACGUCUUGUCAAUAUAAUGUCAGACCUGACAGUCUCAGUAUUUUUUAUAUUUCCCCCCCUGUAUAUUGGUAUUAAGCUUUCUGUGUGAAGUGGUGGUAGUAGAGCUUUAAUCUUUUCAACCUGUGCAAAGUGUAUGACUACUACACAUCCAAGAUUACGUGCAGCGAGGGUUCUGGUAGCAAACAUCCUCCUCAUCUUGACUGUAAAGUCUAAAUAUGUAGUUAGACGUCAAUGUUGAAUUGUAUCUUGUAUUGUGUCAAUGUAUUUUCAGUCCUAUUGUAAAACUCAAGCUUGUGGGAUCUAUUUGCAUUUAUGUAUUUUGCGAGGAAGUGCUUCAAUAUAGUAUUGCUUCUAGGUGUGGAAUUUUCAAAACUAGGCGUGUGGUAUCCACUUUGUUACCUUUAAAAUGGAGAUUAAAAUCACGGAAUCUCAAUCAACAGCCCUUUAGUGUUUUGUUUCAAAUUUCUUCUUUGAAAUACGCUAUUUAAUUUCAGAUCAGAUCUAUCCAUUGCCAUCAUGCUAUUUUUAAUUUUCAAUCUUCUCUGUUAUGACAAAUUUGUAGCUUUUAAUCCAAAUGGCAAUGUUAUGUGUAGUACUCCUAUACAAUGAUAAAUAUAGGUGUUGAUAUCAUUUUACUUUAAGUUUAUGUUUGUGUAAUAGUCUUCCUAAAAUUUAAUUUUUCUCUUCUUAGAAGGAAACAAAACAGAUUUUACUACAGUUCUAAUUUUGUUUUAUCUAUAAAUUAAAAUUUUAUAAAGUCUUUGCAGUGAUAAAUGUAACAUCAAUUGAACUAGCAUCUUCCCCCCCAGCAUCUGGUUUCUACUUCCAUUUUCUUAUGUAAUCUUGCCUGUAGGAAAUUGUAUCUUGCCAUCUAGUAAAGUUACACUUGCAAAAUCGGAUUUGAUAGAUGUAGUAUGUAGCCUGAUGAAGUAUUUACAUACAUUUUCACUUGCACCUAGAAUCGCAAACAAAAGUGUAACUGUACUGCAUUUAUGAAUGUUGAAAUAAAAUGUUUAUUGUUACACUAA